AUGGGGCGGCGCAGCUGGAAGCGGCAGCUGCAGCGGCAGCGAGAGAGAGAAAAAGAGAAAAUAAUUAGGUUGGCAGCAGCAGCAGCAGCACCAGCAGCAGCAGCAGCAGCAGGAUCUCCUCCCCCCGCAUCCCCACCAGGAGGAGCAGCAUCAUCUGGUUCAGGGGAAGCAUCAUCAUCAUCAUCAUCAGCAGCAUCAGCAGCAGCAGCAGCAGCAGCAGGAGCAGCAGCAGCAGGAGCAGCAGCAGGAGAGAGAGGGAGUUGCUGCUGGCUGUGGCGUUUGCUGCGGUGGCGUAUGGGGCGGCGCAGCUGGAAGCGGCAGCUGCAGCGGCAGCGGGAGAGAGAAAAAGAGAAAAUAAUUAGAUUACCUUUGGGUGUAUCUGUAGCUCUUGAGGCCCCCAUUGCAUGCAGCAGCAGACUGAAGAGAGACGUGCUGCUUAAUGCUGCUGCUGCGCUGCUGCUGUUUGCUGCUAGCGAUGUUAUGGCCCAGCACCUGCAACACACACAAGCACACAAGCAGCAGCAACUGCUGCAGCAGCAGCAGCAGCAGCAGCAGGAGGAGGAGGAAACAGAUUUAGCCCUGCACCUACAACACACACAAGCACACAAGCAGCAGCAACUGCUGCAGCAGCAGCAGCAGCAGCAGCAGCAGGAGGAAGAGGAAACAGAUUUAGCCCUGGUGCAGCAGCAGCACCAACAGCAACAACAAUACCAGCAGCAGCAACUGCAGCAGCAGCAACUGCAGCAGCAGCAGCAGCAGCAGCAGCAGCAGCAGGCGUGCGGCGCAGCACACAUCCCCCCCCCUCUCAGCAGCACCUUGCGGCAGCUGGAUAUCGGGCGGACGGUGGCGGUGGGGUUGGAAGGGGUUAUAGUCAAUGCUCUGCUGCUGACGCCCAUGUAUCACAAGCUCGAAGCGAUGCUAGCCCAUAACAACGUCCCAUUCAAGCGCAGCAGCAGCAGCAGCAGCAGCAGCAGAACCAGCAGCAGCAGCAGCAGCAGCAGCAGCAGAACCAGCGGCAGCAGCAGCAGCAGCAGCAGAAGCAGCAGCAGCAGCAGCAGAAGCAGCAGCAAAGCAGCAACAGCCAGUCGUUUGGCUUCUGGGCAGCGUGUUGCUGCAGCUGGUGCAGCAGCAGGUGUAUCAACAGUACCAUCAGCAGCAUCAACCGCAACCGCAGCAGCAGCAGCAGCAGCAGCAGCAGCAGCAAAGCAGCAACGCAGCCGGGCUAGCCGCAUGCUCUGGCUGCUAAGCUUUUAUCAGGUAUUGGCGAUGCUCAUCGUCGCUAUGCCGUUCAGUUCUUUUUCUUUUCUCUUUUUGACGCCUCUUCUCCGUUUCGGCUGCUCUAAGGUUUUUCAAAGCAACAGCAGCAGCAGCAGCAACCAGCAGCAGCAGCAGCAGCAGCAGGAGCAGCAGGAGCAGCAGCAGCAGGAAGGGCGGCCUGAGGUAGCGUGCCAGCAACAGCAGCAGCAGACGCUAGCGCAGCACCCGCUGCAGACACCGACGCAACCCUAUCAGCAGCAGCAGCAGCAGGAGCAGGAGCAGCAGCAAGAGCAGCAGCAGCAGCAGCAGCAGCAGCAGGCAUUGAGGUGCUGGGUUAGCUCUGCUCCUGCAGCAAGCUGGCGAGCUGCUGCUGCUGAAGGCGCAGAAGCUGUGCGGUGGCACUUUAAAGAAAUUUAUAUCGCCAGCCUCAUCGUAUGGCCUCUAUCAGACCUCAUCAACUUCAGGUAA